AUAUAUUUACCACUUGCUCUGUUUCAACAAAACACACACAAUUAUGCCAUCACCAAAAACAGUUGCUUCUAAACCACGAAAUGUGGUUGCUCCAGAUAGCUCGUCACCCAGGUUACCUCCUACUCCAGUUCUAUUACAACAACCAUCUCACAAAAAAGGUCAAUGGAAAUCAACAAAACUCUUUCGUCGUGUAAAGUCAGUUUUCCGUUCAUUCCCUGUAAUAAACCCUCCGUGCAAAAUGCCAGUUUCUAACCGUCUUCACGAAGGUCAUAUACAUGGAGGAAAACAGAUGACAGGUACUCUUUUUGGGUUUCGAAAAGCUAGAGUUAAUCUUUCAAUUCAAGAGAAUCCAAGGGGUGUUCCAUUGCUUGUUCUGGAACUGUCAAUACAAACAGGUAAACUCCUCCAGGAUAUGGGAUCAGGACUAGUGAGAAUUGCUCUCGAGUGUGAAAAGAAUCACUCGGAGAAACUCAAACUCAUCGAUGAACCUAUAUGGACUAUGUAUUGCAAUGGACGUAAAGUUGGGUAUGCAGUAAAAAGAGGACCUACAGAAGAUGAUCUUAAAGUAAUGCAGAAUUUGCAUGCUGUAUCAAUGGGAGCUGGUGUUCUACCAUCCGAGUCUUCGGAGGGAGAACUCACGUAUAUGAGAGCUUUCUUUGAACGAACUGUUGGAUCAAAGGACUCAGAGACGUACUAUAUGAUGAAUCCCAAUGGCACCAGUGGUCCUGAGCUCAGCAUUUUUUUCGUUAGGAUUUGAUCCAACAUACACUAUUACAAAACAUCAUUUUUCUUAUAUCUAAUAUGUAAACCUAAAUGAAGAAUAGAAGUUUAUAUCUAAUAUGUCUUUGUUACGUAUAGAAUAUCUUUUCUUGAUGAAUGAAUGAUUUUUUUUAAUGAA